UGUUUUGCUAGCCAAUACUCGUUGUUUACUCUUUUUCUACACUGAAUAUACUAAUAACUUUGUGAAUUGUGAUAUUUAAAUAGACUAAAAUGGACCCACUGAAAGACGAGAUAUGUCAUGGAUGUUUAAAUUCUGAAAGAAAAUUAUCGAACCUACACGAUUGUAGUCUCAAGGAAUGUUUUAAACUUAUUUUAAAAAAGGCAACAGUUUCUAUGGAAACUAUUCAACUAUGUUUUGAGUGUGUGGCUAUACUCAUGAAGAUUAAGAGAUUUCAAGAAAGAGUAAUAAGUUCAGAAAAUCUUUGGAAGUCUUUGAAGAAGAGUACAUUACGAUCUCAAACCAGCUUACAAAAAAAUAAUCUCUAUAAUUUUUCAUUAUUACAACACACAAGUGAAGAGAAUUGUGAAAUAAUACAAACAUCUCUUGAAAUAAAAAAUGAAAAUGAAGAUUUAGAAGACAUAGAUAGGGAUGAAUUCAAACAAGAGAUUGAAGACUUUAGUACAGAAACAGACAUAGUAAAUGAAGAAUUGAAACUAGAUCUAUUGAAAGAUUUAACUCAGAAAGAGAUUUAUACUGAGGUGAAAUUGAGUAGAGAAGAAAUUGAAAAAGAAAGGGAGGAAAUAAAAGUAAGUGAUGCUUACCUCAAUGCUAUGCUGAAGUGUGAGUUGUGUAUAACUACAUUUACAAAUAAUGAAGAUUUAAAAGAACAUAUCAGUGACAAACAUGGUGAAAAAACAAAACACAUAUGUACAAUAUGCAAGUGUACAUUCAAUUCUUCGAUAUCUUUUAAGUACCACACAGAUAGACAUAAAAAACGUUAUCAGUGCACAGUCUGUAACAUAAGAUUUUUAUACAGAAGAGAUGUCAUCAAACAUUUUAAUUUUGUACACUGUCAUGGAGUAGAAAAUAUAACUUAUGAGAAUGGUACACAUGAGAGACUAGAGGCACCACCAGAUAUCGAUAAGCAAGAUCUAUUUUCGUGUGACGUGUGUGAGAAGUCGUUUAGAUGGAAGGCGUCUUUACGGAAACAUAUGGAAGGGCAUCGCAUUGCGAGUGGACAAAAACGGAAGCCUUACUGUGAGCCAUGCAAAAUACACUUUGCAACCACCGCAAAUCUUAAGAAACAUGUCCGGAUGAGCUCCAAGCAUCAAAUUCAAUUGAAAUUAAGAAAACUCAAAGAUUCCAACGAAGACAAGUCAGAUGUGAUAAAGGAAAUUCGGACUUCAGUUAAUAGUGCGCGUGAGACGUAUUCUUGCUCGCAGUGUGAUAAGAAGUUUCAAUGGCACGGGAAUUUAAUGAGGCAUAUGAACAGUCACAGGGCAAAGGCGUCUGGUGAACUAGUGUGUAUGCCGUGCAAUCGAUCUUUCUCUUCAAUAGCAACAUAUCAACAGCAUAUGAAAAUCAGCAAAAAACACGUCUCGGAGAAUGAUUUUAAGUACAUGUGUAGUGAUUGCGGGAAACGUUUCGCGGAUAAGACUCGCCUAAAGGAUCAUAUAGAUUGGGAGCAUUUGAAGAAUUUCAAGCACACCUGUAGCGAUUGUCAAAAAGCGUUUAAAACCCGUACAUCUUUAUAUCUCCACAAACAAGUGGUUCAUCAGAGGGACACAAGCGAACACCUAUGCGAUACGUGUGGAAAACAUUUUCCAAAUCAUUCAAAAUUACGUAUACACAUCCGUGCGGUUCACUCGUCGGUAGCGGCUUAUAAAUGUACGAGUUGUGGUGCAAAAUUCGCCUGGCACUCGUGUUUGUCGAGACAUAUGCGGAGGCUGCAUAAGAAACACGUCUAGACGAAAGUUUAUGGUAUCAAAGUUCAAAAAUCUUUUGAUAGUCACUUUAUAUAUUCGAGACCCGUUGUUAAAAAAAGCAAAUAUUUUGCAAGUGUACUAACUUUUAUUGCAGAUAUUACAAAAAAAAUAAUAAAAUAAACAAUUCAAUGAAAUAAUUAUUUAUUUGUGAUUAGGACCCCAAGAAAGUAAAUACUGCAAAAUAAACAGGCGCUAUUUUAGUACGUAUUUUAUAACGUAACGUAAGUGAACGUAUACGUGAUAGAGUACGCACUAAGUACCUUAAUGUAGGAUAAUAAAAAGUUCACAGCUAUAAAUGUUCAUGGAAUUAUUUAUUUCGGUGGAUAUGUAUGGUAACUAAAUAUUUCUUUUGUAAUAUUAGUUUAUAAAAAUAAAAAUGUCCGUGUCAGAGAAUUUUAUUAAUAUAGUUCUUUGGCAUAUUGCAAACAUGGUAAACUACUUUUUUAUCAGCCUCCUCACGGGCACCACAAGUGAAUGUAUCUGACGCUUCCGAUCGAAUCAGUUACUCUUCUAUAGGAAUAAAAAAAUUCAUAAUUAGCAUUUUUUUUUGUGUAGGCUUUAUCAAUGAAACUGUCUUGAGUCAUCCAAUCAUCGAAUAAUUUUUUUACAAAUGUUUGGUCAAAUGUAUUUAAAUUUCGCAAAAAAAAUUCUAGGUAUUUUCAUCUGUGGUCCUUCUAUAACGAAAUCUGUUGGCCUUAUAUUUUUGCGGAAUUUGUGUUCGUAGUCUUUUUUGCUGGGCUUUGGAUACGUUUUAAAGUGAAUUUCUUUAGCCCCGUGAUAAGUGAUGUUGCGAAGUAAGUUGUGGCCUAUAUCCCCAAAAGUUUUCGGGAUAUCCCUAAAAGUGUAUAAGUAAAAGAAACCAUCAAUGACUAUUGCAUCCAAUUCAUUUGAAGCAGUUUUUAUAUUUUUUUGUCUAUUUUCGGUAUGGCUAUGAUAACAACUAACAUGCAGCUUAGCGUAAAUAUACUUCACAGCCUUAUGGUAGUAAAAAUAAUAGUAGGUAUUCUACCAAGGCACAGACAGCGGUUUUAGGCGGUGGAAUACUCUGCCAUGUCAGACUAGCGGACUAUCCAAAGUGUACGUGUAUUUAUCUUUUAUUGAAGAUUGUCUAAAGUAUUAAUAACUUGUGUGGCCUUACAGAUAGUCACCGAAAAGUCACUCUUUUCGGAAGGAAGUAGUUAACCCCUUAUACCUAUAAAAUGCCGUACAUUCACGUACGUGUUCCAUAAAAAAUUACGGCUUGCUG